CUAUCCAACCAAAGUUUCAGCUUUGCUUCUCAGAAGUGUAGACUGGAGCUCUGCGUCUCAGGCUUUCCCCCAGACCAGUGAGAACACAUCUUAGCAAGACUGACUUACCUCCAGAACACAUCUUGAGAAAAUGACCCAUUGGUUUCAUAGGAACCCAUUAAAAGCUACAGCUCCUGUGUCUUUUAACUACUAUGGCAUGAUCACUGGUCCUGCUGCUUCAAAGAUUUGCAAUGAUUUGAGAUCAUCCAGGACUCGACUCCUCGAAUUGUUCACUGAUUUGAGCUGUAAUCCGGAAACGAUGAAGAAUGCAGCAGACUUGUAUUUCUCACUUUUACAAGGUUUCAUAAAUUCACUGGGCGAUUCUACCCAAGAAAGCAAAUUACGGUAUGUUCAGAGUUUCAAGUGGACUGACACAUUGCAAGGCCAUGUUCCAAGUGCCCAGCAGGAUGCUGUUUUUGAAUUGAUCUCCAUGGGAUUUAACGUAGCAUUAUGGUAUACCAAAUAUGCUUCAAGAUUGGCUGGAAAAGAAAACAUAACGGAAGAUGAAGCAAAAGAAGUCCAUCGAAGCCUAAAAAUUGCAGCUGGGAUUUUUAAACAUUUAAAGGAAAGUCAUAUACCCAAACUUCUUACACCAGCAGAAAAGGGCCAGGACUUAGAGGCUCGGCUCAUAGACGCUUACGUCAUCCAGUGCCAGGCUGAGGCGCAAGAAGUAACAAUUGCCCGCGCAAUUGAGCUGCAGCACGCCCCGGGACUCAUCGCUGCUCUUGCCUAUGAAACAGCCAGCUUCUACCAGAGAGCAGAUCAUACUUUAUCCAGUUUGGAGCCUGCGUACUCUGCUAAAUGGAGGAAGUACCUUCACUUGAAGAUGUGCUUUUACACGGCCUAUGCAUAUUGUUACCAUGGCCAGACUCUGUUGGCUAGUGAUAAGUGUGGAGAAGCGAUCAGGUCUCUCCAAGAAGCAGAAAAAUUGUACACAGAGGCAGAAGCCCUGUGCAAAGAGUAUGGGGAAACCAAAGGACCAGGACCGACAGCCAAGCCGUCAGGACACUUGUUCUUUCGGAAGCUUGGAAGCCUUGUGAAGAACACCCUGGACAAAUGUCAGAGAGAGAAUGGGUUUAUUUACUUUCAAAAAAUCCCAACAGAAGCCCCACAACUGGAACUCAAAGCAAAUUAUGGGCUGGUAGAGCCUGUGCCUUUUGAAUUUCCUCCUAUGAGUGCUCACUGGACACCGGAAGCGUUGGCUGCAUUUGAUCUCACCAAGAGACCCAAGGAUGACAGUGUCAAACCCAAACCAGAAGAAGAAGUGAAACCUGUAAAGGAACCAGAUAUCAAACCUCAGAAGGACACUGGAUGCUCUGUCUCUUAAGAUGUCACACGUGCUUAGAAAUCUCGCUGCCAGUCCCUAAGAUAAGCUGCAGGACUUCAGUUCACAUUUUCUGAUUUCUCUGAAGCCCAUAGGAUAAUUAUUAACUUUGGAGGGACUUGGCCUUUUGUUUAUUUAUUCUUGAUUUUUAACAUAGAGGUGUUUCAUACUUUUGUUUCUGGGCUCUGCUUUUUUAAUCAGGACAACAUUUGGAAGGGUUGUUUUAUAUUUAAUGAGUAUGUGGGGGUUGGGCCUUGUUUGAACUCUAGACAGUUUCAUGUUAAUGUUUUUGUACCUUCACACACACACACACACACAAUGUUUAUUUUCCUUCUUGUUCAAUACCAGAAGAAUGUUUUAAGAAGUGGGUUCACCUCCUCAUGACUUGUUAGAUAUGAGACUAACUCAGCCUUCUGGUAGGAAAAGAAAAUCGUGGUUAAAAGUCAAAAAACCUUCAGACCAAACUCUUUCCUUACACUCACAGUCAAUAAUUCCCUAGAAAAUCCGUGUUUAGAAGAAUGUGGAACUUAGUUGAAAAUGGGCAGUGACAGGUCUGCAGUCUGCUGCCUGGCAUAUGCUUCCCUGACCUGCACAGUCCGGUGCUCCCAUAGUCACCCCCAGUAUCCAGACAGUGAUUUUUUUUUUUUUUACAAGUACCUUUUCUAAUGAAUUUUUUUACUUAAGGGACAAAGUUUUGUACUAGCAUUUGGUGUUUUCUUGUAGACAGAGGUAAAAAGAAUGGAAAGUGUGUUUUGGAGAAGUGAAGCAUGCAUGUUGUAAAGAAAGCCUUGGUAAACUUAACAUAGACAGGUUGUCCUGGGUCACACUGAUGAUGCCUUUGUUAAAAGCAUUUAAGAAAAUGCCCUUGGUUACCUGAUUUUGGUGUAUACAUUGUGUUUUUAACAUGGUUUUCUUCAAUAUAUAGCCUAUCAGAAUUGGCUGUAGGCCAAGGUGGUAGCAGCAAAAGGUUAGGAUGUAGACAUAAACUAUGAUCUUCAAAGUGGGUUGGUUAUAUCCACAAACUAGGAAAUAGCAAUCUGUGACACUUUGACAAGUCACAUAUCUGUAGUAUGUCCCUGCUUGGCUACUCUGCUUCGGUGUUAACUUCUUUUCUAAGUGGCAGGUGGCUCACUUGAUAGAAACAAUAGUGUACAUGAGAGCUAACCGUGUACCAGCCAGUGUGCAGGCACUUAGACAAACCACUGCACCCACAUAGCAACCCUUGGAGAAACACAUCAAUCACAUAAAGUAUUGAAACGAGAGAAGAAGAAUGAACAGAUGAUACCGUCAAUCAAGAUUGUAUUCAAUAAAUUAUAUACUGUAGUUUACACUCCUUUGAAAAGCUACAUAGAAUCAGGGUUUUGUUGUUGUUUUUAUAGAAAUGCUAGCUACAGCUUACAGUAUCUAUUUAAUAUUUGAGGCUGCAGCUUUCAGAAUACUUGCAGAAACUACUGAAUGGGCAUUAAAUUUUAUUUUGCUGCCUGUAGAAAGAAAUACUAAAUUUCACCCUUACCACAGUCACUUGGCCUAAAUGCCAGUUACUGACAAAACUUUACCCAAUACUUGCCCCUGCCUGUUUGCUCUGCCUGGGGGACUUAUUUUAGGCACUAUUACUCACUAAUCUAGGGAGUGAGAUUUUUGUGGACUGACUAAACUGCCACUCGUGAAAUGGAAACACAUAAUGUGUCCGGUGCUUCUGUCCAGUGCAGUAAGUACAGGUUUGAAAUCUGCAACUGGAAGCAUUCACAUGGUCAGAUGAGAAGUCUGAUGACUGAAGAGGCGACACCAGCUGCCUAACACACCCCGUUAUAUCAGGUUUUGAAGUGACAUUGGGUAUUUGGGGAGAUACCGAAUAUGAAACACUGGCAUGAAGGCUGUAGAGAGACAGAACUGUACAUUAGUGUUGCAUGUAAUUCAGACUGGGCAAGGACAGUUCACAUGCUACUUCUGCUCAGUGUUUAUAUAAUGAUUUCUCUUUUUAUUUAUGAAAAUAAAAGCAAUUUUACUUACA